UCUAUGGGGCUGGCCCAUGGGCAUAGGGGGCGCCUCGUCUGCCGUGGAGCGCAGAGCCAGGGAGACACAUCCCAUGGGGAUGCGUGCCACGGGGAGGCAUCCACAGUGGUGCCCGUGGCUGAUGGGGGUCCGCAUGCACGCGUGUGCGUGCGCGGGGGAGCUGCUGGAUGCCUUCAAGGAGUUUGACACGGACCAGGACGGCUUCAUCAGCUACAAGGACCUGGGCGCCUGCAUGCGCACCCUGGGGUACAUGCCCACCGAGAUGGAGCUCAUUGAGAUCUCGCAGCACAUCAAGAUGAGGAUGGGUGGCCGCGUGGACUUCGAGGACUUUGUGCAGAUGAUGGGCCCAAAGCUGCGGGAGGAGACAGCCCACAUGGUGGGCGUGCGGGAGCUCAAGAUUGCCUUCCGUGAGUUCGAUGUGAACGGGGAUGGGGAGAUCAGCAGUGCGGAGAUGCGGGAGGCCAUCGCAGCGCUGCUGGGGGAGCAGCUCAAGGCACAGGAGGUGGAUGAGAUUCUGCAGGACGUGGACCUCAACGGGGACGGUCACGUGGACUUUGACGAGUUCGUCAUGAUGCUGUCUUCCCGAUAACGAAGUCGUGGGGCAGGAGGGCAUACAGGGCUGAGCCGCGCCACUCCCCCCUACACGGCCCUUGUCAGCAGAUCCAGGCACGUCCCCAUCCCCCCAGAUACUCCCUGCCUGGUGAGCAUUGAUCAUCCUAGCCUCUCUGGCCAGCAUUAGGGUUCAGAGUGAACAGUUGGAGCUGAGCCCACAUCUAGGAGCCAGCAUGAGGCAGGGCAGACACGAGACACCACCCCCCACCCCAAAACCCCCGGGGGGUAGCAGGGCCAGGGUGGGCUAGGUGAAACCCAAUAAAGCUCCUUGUGCA